AAUCUUUAUAAACAAAAUGAUACGAUAGGCGUGGCUGACAUACCUGUGCCUUGAAAACAAAACUUACCAGUGUCUGUUUAUUUAUAUCAAUACUUUUUGCCAAUAUUAUGGCUAAAAAUAUUUUUGAAAGUUGAUAAUUAUCAUUACAAAUCAUUAAUAUAUAAUAUAGCAAUUAAUAAGCCAAAGAUGAUCCAAACAUACAAUAUAUACAAGAAUUGCAAUAAUCAUAUAAUUUUCAUAUUUGUCACAAUAUUUAGUGUAUUUGUAACAAAUGUUCGGUGCAAUCUAUGGUGUUAUUCGUGUGUAUCCAGUGAGCCGGGUUGUACCCUAAAUAAGGUUGACUGGUUGAUACACUCGGCCAUCAGUUGUCCCCGAAGUGAUGACAAAUGUGUAAAAAUUAUUGAUCAAAAAGGAUCCGAUUUGUUGGUCACCAGAGAUUGUCUAUCAAAUAUCAUUCCCUACAGACGUGACAUACCGGCCGACCGUUUUGAGGGCUGCCGACCGGCGGCCACUCAGCCAAAACUGGCCGUAUUUGUAGAGAAUUCGGUCGACCAGUUGGACCUCAAAAAGGACUACUUCGAUAAAACCACUUAUUGUUUUUGCGAGUUUGACGAGUGGUGUAAUCACAGUACUAGAUGUCAAGCAUCGGGUUUGCUUCUGGUACUAACCAUAGCCUUAGUCAGUGCUUUUAUAUCACUAAAGAUUGUUACUUAAAUGACACACACAUACAAAUAAAUCUCAUAAAUAAAUCUCACAAUAUUUUGUUGUAAUUAUAUAAAGUUUUUAUUAUAUUAUUAAUUGAUAUGCAUUUAUACACUUUUUUAUUGUAAUUA